AAUCCUUUGCUCCAACCUGCCUGCUAGCAUGACUUCCAUCCUUCCAUAGCAGCAAACGAAGAGGAAACGCUGUACUUCUCCACUUCCGAGCCCGACAUUUACCGCAAAACCCCGUCUGAGUUUUUAUUAGAAAACACCUGAAGCUUGACUGAACGUUGUUCUGAGACGCUGUGAUGCAGUUCACCCCCACAGAGGGACAGCAGAUGCCCACAUGACCAACCGCUCCGCCUUCUGACCAGUGGGAGGGGCCUAUUCUGUUCUGAGCAGUGGGCGGAGCCUGUUCUGUUCUGAGCAGUGGGCGGAGCCUGUUCUGUUCUGAGCAGUGGACGGGGCCUGUCCGGGUCUGAGCAGUGGGCGGGGCCUGUUCUGAGCAGUGGGUGGGGCCUGUUCUGAGCAGUGGGCGGGGCCUGUCCUGUCCACAGGGCGAAACACAGCAUGGACAGCAGAUGCAGCAGCAUGGAUUCGCGGGCGUCUGGCAGAGGGAUGGGCUCUGUCAGCAGCACGCCCCAGUCUGCUCGGGUGGAGUCGUACGAAGCCGUGGAGAAGAAGUGCAUCUCGGACGUCCGGAGGACGUUCUGCCUCUUUGUCACCUUUGACCUCUUGUUCGUCACGCUGCUCUGGAUCAUUGAGCUAAACAUAAACGGAGGCGUUCAGGCGCAGCUGGAAAAGGAGGUUCUGCACUAUGACUACCAUGCCUCUUUCUUCGACAUUUUCCUGCUGGCUGUGUUCAGGUUUGCCGCUCUCAUCCUGGCUUACGCCAUCUGUAAGCUGCGUCACUGGUGGGCCAUCGCUAUAACCACUGCGCUCAGCUGCGCUUUCCUGAUUAUUAAAGUCAUCUUAUCAAAGCUGCUCUCUCAGGGCCCCUUUGGGUACCUGCUGCCCAUCGUCUCCUUCGUCUUGGCCUGGUUAGAAACCUGGCUGCUGGACUUCAAGGUGCUCCCCCAGGAGGCCGAAGAUGAAAACAGAUAUCAGUCGUUUGUGGACGCCGCUGAGCGCGCUCCUCUCAUGGGUCCUGGUCCGUUAUCCGACGGGCAGUUCUACUCUCCGCCGGAGUCUCUGGCAGAUUCUGACGAAGAGCUGGAGGAUAAACACGACCCAGAAAAAGCCCUGAUUCAGAAAGUCUCCUAACAGGGGGCCGUCUACUGAGGAUGGACGCCUUUUCCUGCUCCUGGGAACUUUCUGCCAUUUGUUGAGGAUUCCCGGUACAUCCAUAUAAAACACCUGCCAUCUGCUAUCAGCCUUCUGCACACACACACACAGAAACCCAACGAGGGCUUUUUAGAGUCAGGACUCCAGCUGCUUUUCUCAUCUUCACGGACCGUAAAAGGGAAUUCAUUUUUAUACAAAAUGCACUUAAAGUUUGGUUGAACAAAACAAACUUUUUCUUAUUUUAAAAGUGCUUUUUAUUGUUCAGCCAUGAUCCAAACUAUCACAUUUUGUUAUGCACACACGUCCUGAUGGCUUGUUUUGUAUUUACACCAUGUUUACCUUCGACUUAAUUUGUUUUUUGAACUUAUUUUAACUUAUGAUCUGUGAUUUGAUGGAUGUUUGUUGACCAGUUGGUGGCAACAGACUGAAGUCAGAAGCUUGCUUUCAGCAUUGCAGAUUUAAAGAGAUGCACGAAAAGUAUUUAAGAGAAUAUGAGCCGUAAAGCUUGCUGCGUUUCCACAUGAGGGAUCCUGUAUGUAACUCACGUAUAAAAUGCUUUUAAAAGCUGUAUAUGGAAGGAAAAAAAAAAAAGUCAAUGUCUUCAUGCAUGCCACCCAAACUGUUUGGUUUACAUGCAAAGCUUGUCUGUAAGAAUCAAUAAAAGGUGAAACCUUG